AUGGACGCGUACAUUCACGAUGCGGUGCCAACACUGGAUUUGAUCGUGCACCAUGAUGAUCUGUUCAAUGGGGCGGCCGCGGUCAUCCAGGCGCUCUUCCCGGAAUGGAACAUGAAGGAUAUCUCGUAUUUGCAGUUCAAGGACGGGAUCACUAACAAGUUGAUCUGCUGCACACAUGGACCGACGGGCACACAGGUGUUGGUGCGUGCGUAUGGCAAGAAGAGCGAGGUUAUUAUCGAUCGUAGGCAGGAGAUCAUGAACAUGGUGAUCCUGUCCAAGCUCGGACUGUGCCCUCCAUUGUUUGGCAAGUUCAGGAACGGAUUGGCGUACGGAUGUAUCCCCGGGAAGGUAUUCAAGGUCUCGGACAUGAGGGACCCGCACAAGAUGGAACUCGUUGCGAGAAAGCUCGCGAUCUGGCAUGGCGCCGUCACGAUCCCGGGAGAGCGUAGCUCCAAGCUGUUCAAGACUAUUCAUAAGUGGAUCAAGGAGGUCCCCGAAUCGUACAGCCGACCCAAGGUGCAAGAGAUCUUUGCCAAACACUUUGACAUGACAAAACUCCACGAAGAACUCACGACCCUCGAGUCCCACCUGGUCUCGUUAAAGUCCCCCGUGGUCUUUUGUCACAACGAUCUGUUGUACGGGAACCUGAUUUACAACGAAUCCAAGGACGAUGCCUUCUUUAUCGAUUACGAGUACGGAUCCUAUUCCUACCGGGCCUUUGAUAUCGCGAACCACUUUAAUGAGUGGGCGGGGUUCGAGUGCGAAUAUGAGAAUUAUCCGACCAAGGACAUUCAGGAACGUUGGUUGAGACGGUACCUGGAGGUCGGAAGGUCAGUAGCCGAAAAUGAGGAGGAGGUGGAGCAGCUGUAUAGAGAAGUGAAUAAGUUUGCGUUGGCGUCUCAUUUCUAUUGGGGCGUUUGGGCCUUGGUCCAGGCACAGUUGUCGGAUAUCGAUUUUGAUUACAUGCCCUAUGCGGUCUUGCGGUUCAAUGAGUACUACAGGCGCAAGGAUGAGUUCUUUGCGUUGUAA